CGUCUUGUUUACAAAAUGUACGAUGUCGGAAUUCAGUCAGCGUGCGAGAACCUUGCGAUCAAGCUACUUAACGAUCACUACACUAUAUGGGCAAACACCGUGCCUCUUCCUCCCUGUUACUGCAACGGAACAAACAAACCUUUGGCUUAUCAAACUGCAAGGCCUGACAAUACCAAAGAUGAUUUCGAAAUUUGCUUGGGCCAUGAUAAAGCAUACAAAGAUUUGUACGACGAUAUAUUUGUGAACAGCACGCAUGCGCAGACACACUGCAUGUCUCAUCACUUUGUUUGGCGGAAGCUUGGGCAGAUACAGAACACAGUUCAUCUCGGACCCGUCAUUGUUGACUGCCGGCGAGACAUGAUCUACCACUUGGAGUAUUCCAUUUCCAGCAUAGGUGAUACGUGCCAAUGUUCAGCAAACCCCAACCUCACCACUACGUCUGCACCAAGCAGUACCACUACCCAUCCACCGCACAAUUACAAAUGUAACAGGCUCGGCAUAUUGGCGUCUAUUGCAAUCGGUAACAGCGUGCACAAAGACGACGCCACGGACUGCUCAAUCUGGGGGAGCGCGUCAGAUGAGUCCCUGGCCCUCUUGUACUGUUCUGGCCUACCUCCCUCAGCGAGCUGGUACAGGGGAAAUAAAGUAAUGGACAACUGUGCACAAGUUCAACCAUGGACGCCAAUCGCUACUUUUAGAGGAACGCAGUAUAGCCCAAUGGAUGCGCAAUCUGGGGUGUUCAUUGAAUGUCUGAAAGACUCGAGUGGAUUCCUUAUGGUUGAGCAAGGAUGCCAUGCCGCGCCGAUAAUUGUUCGGGUAUCCGCUGCAGAUAACAAAGACCCAAACAGUUACUAUACCAUUGUUUGAAAAAUGAUUCUCAAU